UCCGCAUCCGCCGGUGUCUUCGCCCCUUUUCCUCUUUUCCCCCCCAUCGCGACACUACUGCCCCAAUUAUCGGGGAAGAAAGAGAUCCUCUGGCCAGGACAAGGUAAGGACGGCGAUGUCGAUGCCGGAGGCGGGGCGCGUGGAGAGGGACGAGAGGGAGCUGGACGACGACUACGAGCAGCAGCAGACCAGGGUGCUCAUGGCGCUGAUGCAGGGCUUCUGCGCCGCGCGCUACCGGAAGGCCGACAACACUCCGUGUCCCAUCGAUCAGGGGCUCUACUUGGGAUCUGUUGGAGCAGCACUGAACAGGGAUGCUCUAAAGAGCUUGAACAUAACCCAUGUCUUGAUUGUUGCCAGAUCAUUGAAUCCAGCCUUUCCAUCCGAAUUUAACUACAAGAAGAUUGAGGUACUUGACAGCCCAGACAUUGAUUUGGCAAAGUAUUUUGAUGAAUGCCUUGGUUUCAUAGAUGAAUCUAUAAGCUCUGGUGGCAAUGUUCUGGUUCAUUGCUUUGCUGGACGGUCAAGAAGUGUCACGAUUGUUGUGGCAUAUCUCAUGAAGAAGCAUCAAAUGAGCCUUGAGAGCGCUUUGUCUCUAGUUAGAAGUAAACGACCUCAAGUGGCUCCUAAUGAGGGCUUCUUGUCUCAGCUGGAGAACUUCGAGAAAUCCCUACAAGUGGAGCAGGAGAGGAAAAUUGUGCAAUCUUUGCAGACCUAACUAUAGGCAUAAAUGCAUGUAUUUCGAGGACACUGUUAAUAGCUUGCGGAGUACAUGUUUUCUCUGCUAGUCUAGAGAUUAAGGCCAUUGUGGGAAGCGUUAUGAAUUGUGGCUGCAGUAUUACUAGCAGUCAUCUGCUUGAUGUUGUAAGUGACAAGUGAAAUUGGUGAUCCAUUUUGAAUGAAAUACUCUGGAACGCAGUUCUGUCCGUACAAAA